AUGCGUUUCAUCAGCUCCAUCACCCUCCUCUCCUUGGCGGGCCUCGGGCUCGCCUCACCCAUCGCUGGUCUGACAGACAGCCUCACUGGCGGAACUGAGAGCCUCACCGGCGGAACAGACAGUCUCCCCAGUGGGACCGAUGGCGCGACCGGCGCGACCGGCGGCUCCGAUCCCACCGCCGCUCUUGGCGGUAUCGUGCCGGGUGGCCUCCUGGGGCGUGACGAUGAGCACAAGCGCUACCCCGGACAGGGCGCUCGCCGCCGCCAGGACGACGAUGAGGAGGACAGCGGGGAUGGGGUCCUCCUCCGUAUGCGUGGAGGAGCUGACCAUGGCAGCGGCGAGCAUGGUGGGGAGGGCCAAGGCCAUGGCAGCAGCCAAGGUAAGGGGGAGGGAAAGGGUGAGGGCAAGGAAAAGGGGAAGGGGAAAGGAAAAGGCAAAGGCGAGGGGAAGUCUAAGCCAAAGGGCGAGGAUCAGGGCAAGGGUGACAGCAACUCCAAGCCCAAGGGCAAGGAGCACGGCCAGGGUAGCAACCAGUCCAAGUCCAAGGGUCAGCCCAAGGGCGACCACAAAGGCAACGGCCAAGGCUCUGGUGACGGCAAGGGCAAGGGCAAGGGCAAGGGCAAGGGCAAGUGCAAUGAGGCGCGCCACACGCCCUGCCUGCACACUGACGACGUCGACGUCCUAGUCGAUGCUUAUGUGCGCAUGCUCUCGCACUGGAACGACACCGACGCCAAGUACCUUUCCGAAAACUUCCGUGACACCUCCGACAGCAUCAACAUUCUGGCCGGCAUCCCACUGGGUAGCGCAACCUUCCCGACCAAGAAGGCGUUCAUCGACCACCAACACGAACAGCCGGACAACCUCCCUCUCGUGAUUACGCAUAAGUCGCCUUAUUCCUGCGACGAGAUUGCCCUGAUCUGGAAGGCGACCUUUGGCCAGGCCCAGAAGCCGGUGCGCGGCGUGACCAUCCUCGGCGCCACCAAGGACGAGGGCUUCUGGCAGAUCAAGAGCAUCGACGUCGAGUUCAACAGCAUCGCCUACCUGCUCGACAUCGGCGGCAACUACACCCUACCCGCGCCGCCCCCUGCUUCUUCUUGA